GGCAUCGGAGCCAACGACGUGGCCAACGCGUACGCCACCUCCGUUGGAUCCAAGGCCUUGACCAUCAAGCAGGCCUGCUUUCUCGACAACACCACGUUCGACAAGAUCGUCGACGGCUCCCGCGCUGUCAUUGUCCGCUUUGACAAGGAGUAUGCGUAUGGCGACGAGCACGACGCGUGGAAGGACUUCGCAAAGAAGGUUGGCGAGUCGUCCGCCUCGCUGCUGAGCUGCGACGUCGGCGUGUCGGAGUAUGGCGACAAGGACAAUGCCGACAUUGCUGAGCGCUUCUCCAUUAAGACGGACGACUUCCCGCAGUACCGUCUCUGGCUCAAGGCGCGCGGCAGCGGCAGCGGGCGCCUGGGGGGUUCUGCCCGCCUCCUCCCCGCCUGA